AUGUUCAUGAUCAGCAUAAGCACCGCAGUUAGCUAUCUGAUCGUCUCCGCCUACGCCGAAGCCUUGUUGGUAAAUGACACUUCCAUCAACCUGGACGAAGGUCAUCAGCUCCGUUCCCUCCGUCUACCCGUUGUCCAUGAGAGGCCCCCUAACUGCUUACCUCCAGCAGUCCAAUUUGGCAACAAGGACUAUUGUUGGUUCGACCUGGAGAAUAAAGCCAGGACUGAUCGCCAUGCGGGUUUGCUCGUUCUCUCCAACGGCGCUUAUAGAAAUUUUUUUUCUACUCUGGAGCUUGAAGUCCUCUGGGCAAACUCGAAACCAUACGAUGUUGGUGUCUGGGCAGAUGGGUAUACAUUCCGACACAUUGACUUAGAAUAUGGUUUGACGCUCGACCUGUUAUUUUUUGUUCCCACGGUUAGUCUUAGUGGUGGUGAAGACGUCCACGGCACAAAGCAACUCAAGUUCGAUACGGUUCUGUUGACUACCGUAUCAGUACCUCACGUUGGCACCGUUAGAGCGGAGGAUAAACAAAGUGCCUUCGCUGCAGUACAAGUAGAGGAGCUUCCACAUCCACCGACUCCGGAUGAUCAUCCCGCGUUCCUCAGAGCAAAGCUGCAAGCGCAAAACAAGGCCCUGAGUGUGGGGUCCGAUAUAACGUUUCAGGUAAACAUUUAUCCUGUCAACGCUAAGUUUGAAUGGUGGAUCUACGAAUGUAUCGUCAAUGUCGAUAUCACAUAUGUAAAAGAUGGUAAGGAUUUCUACUAUAAGCAGGAGAUCAUCAUCUUCCGGGAGACGUCCAAGAGAUGA